AUGAAAAAGAUAAAUGCAGGACAUGCGGAUUGGAGAUGUAAAAAUAAUCACGAUUCAACCGAUUCGAGAUGCCUAACUAUUAAAACCUUUCGUACCGAAUUAACAAAGUCUUUGUUAUCUUCAUCUACACAUGACAACAAUAAACAACAGCAACGGCAACAAGGAUUUGUACGACAGAAUGGUAUUAAGGAGUUCCCACCAUUGAAUGUAAACACAACUCAGAAUACAUGGGGGUGGAGGGCGAAUGAUGUAGUAUAUAAUCGUCUGAAUCAACUCGAUCGGGAUGUCAGAGAUAUUUCUGAUCAAUUAAAGUAUUUAUUAGAUAUAAAUAAAAAGCAGCUUGCACAACAAAAACAAAUAACUGAAUUAACUACGUCACAUGCAGUACUCAUUCAUCAAAAUAGUCAAAAGUUAAUGUCUCAACAAGUUGAGGUUACUUUUUUGGGUGAGACUAUCGAAAACUUUCUUAUGCCAAUUUAUCAAACGGUAUUACAAGUGCUACCAAAAUUAAUCCAACAAGAAUCAAUUCCAACAGCUUCAAUUGAAUCUCUAGCUCAACGAUUCGAUUAUCAUAUAAAUGCCUUCUCCGAGUGGAAAUUACAGUAUAAGGAUAAAGAAAUGAAAAAAGAGAAAAUUGAAAAACUGUCACAAUUAGCAUCUUAUGCCAAUCAAGGUACGAAACUAUGA